AUCACGAGUGUUUGAAGAGUUUCACGUCGUCGUCGUUUGGGAAGGUCAGUAAUGAAGUGUUUAUGGGAUGCUGCGUUGAGGCGCUCAGUGUGUAUAUAACCAGCAGGUCUGUUACCACUUUUUCUUGCCAUUGUGUUUAUCCGUUCGAGUUUUUUCUUUCCUCAGUUUCCAUUCUUUCUCCGCCUGGUGCGAGUCCAUUCCUUCGUCGACUUCCAUUCUUUAUACAAGUCCUCCUUAGUUCGAGUCCUACCUCAUUCAUUUUACAAGAUGUCCAGUUGUAUUAAGAAAACAUGCUUGCUGGCAUUUCUCCUACUCAACUUAUCCAUUCCCGCCGUCGCCCUCCCAGCUAUUUCACUUCGACAGGUUGCCCCGGGCACACAAUUCAUUACGGGAGCUUGCACCACGGACGCUGAUUGUGCAUCGGCCUGCUGUGGGUUCAAAUCUGGCAAAUGUGCUGGUCCGGUUGUCGCCCAGGAGCGUGACGGUGGCUGUGGUUUUGGGGAUGCGCAACCCAAUGAUACCGCGGCGAAGGCCCUAACAGGCGGUGCACCAGUCAACAACGGAAAUGCUGCUUCUGGACAAGCAGCGGCCGCCGCUGGCACCAGCGCUAAGCCAGCUGCUGGGAGUCAAUUCAUUACGGGGGCCUGUACUAGCGAUGCCGACUGCGCAUCGGCCUGCUGCGGUUUCAACUCUGGCAAAUGUGCAGGUCCGGUCGUCGCUCAGGAACGUGAUGGUGGCUGUGGGUUUGGUGACGCGAAGCCUAAUGAUACUGCUGCAAAGGCCCUCACUGGCGGUGCGUCAGCCAACAACGGAAAUGCUGUUGCAGGGCAGGCUGCUGCGGGCCAGGCUGUUGCUGCUAGUACUAGCGCCGCUGCAGCUCCUGGAAGCCAAUUCAUCACCGGAGCUUGCACGAGCGAUGCCGAUUGUGCGUCAGCCUGCUGUGGUUUCAAUUCUGGCAAGUGUGCUGGCCCAGUCGUUGCCCAGGAACGUGACGGUGGCUGUGGUUUCGGGGAUGCGCAGCCUAAUGACACUGCUGCAAACGCUUUCACUGGCUAGUAAUUGGGAGAAAUCAGCCGUAGGGCAGUUGGAUGAUGAUAUUUAUUUACGUCUAGCGGGACGUGGAUGUAACCUGCCGCCCUAAGACCCCCGAAGGGUAUGGGGACGUGCUAAGCUAUGGGUUUAUGUACAGAGUAUGACCUUAGAGAGCAGUUCUUGCGUGUUUGCGUGGCUGUAAGGCCCCUUGACUAAGCGCCUUCGCUGCUAGUUAGGAUGGUGUUAGGUUUGCUAGUAGAGGGCGGUGCCUUCCAGGUUCUCUAGAAAGGGGGUGUAUGCAGGACCAGCUAGUCUGAUGUUAUGAGCCACUAGAG